UAUAAGAAGUGACUGUUGUUCAGAUCUAUAACGAAACAAUUCUUUACUCUACCUUUAAAUUGCAAUUUUCAGCACGAAUCGAGAGGUGAAAACGGAAGAAAUGCCCUAUUCUCAUCAUAGCCACUCUGGCCAGUUCUGCGGCCAUGCGAAAAAUACGCUGGAAGAAGUUAUUCAAGAAGCCAUAGCCAAGGGCUUUCAUACGUUCGCUCUUACCGAACACAUACCCAGGCCUGUGAUAGAUUUCUACCCGGAAGAAAUCAACAGCCAUAACGAAGAGAGCCAGGUCAAGCUCUUUGACGACUUCAUCACCGAGGCCCAUCGACUAAGAGAUGCAUACAACGGCAAGAUCCAGAUUUUGAUCGGAUUCGAGUCUGAGUGGAUUCGGCCCGCUACUCUGACUAUGAUUCAGAGCAUCCUUGACAAGUACACCUUCGACUUCUUCAUUGGUUCUGUUCACCAUACCCACACCAUACCCAUCGAUUUUGACCGGGCGAUGUAUGACCAGGCGCGAGAUAAGGCCGAUGGAACGGAUGAGAAGCUGUUCGAGGACUACUUCGAUUCACAAUACGCCAUGCUUGAAGCACUUCGACCACCCGUUGUUGGUCAUUUCGAUCUCAUACGUCUGCUGAGCGACCAUUGCGAUGUCGAGUUUGAAGGCAUGGGUGGUGUGUGGGAGAGGAUGGAGCGCAACCUGAAAUACAUCGCGUCCUAUGGUGGCCUGCUCGAGUUAAAUUCGGCAGGCUUGCGGAAAGGUCUGGCCGAGCCGUAUCCGUGUCUAUCCAUCUGCCAGAUGUUCCUGCGCAUGGGCGGAGGUUUCGUCAUGUCCGAUGACAGCCAUGGUAUCGAUCAAGUCGGCACCCACUACGGGGGUUUGAUGGCGUUCAUACAAAAAGCAGGGAUCGCAGAGAUAUAUUACUGUGAUUGCGCCGGAUUACGGAAGGACGACCGCUUCCCCAAUGCAGGUUUCUCCAGCAUCACUGUCGCUGACCUGGUACAAUUGCCGUUCUGGAACAACUUACGAUGAGUAACGGUCAACUCGCUGCAGACCCGCAUAUCAUCUGAAUGCAUCUGAAUGCAUACCUACCCCCCUGAUGCGGGCCUUGACUCUUGUCUCUGAAUGUCAGCCAUGAAACUGUAGUUCAGCCGCCGCAACCGCUCCAGCAGAACAGUCGGAAUCGGUAC